AUGUCUGCAAAAGUUUACGUCGGUAACUUGAGUUGGAAUACGACGGACGAGAGUUUGCGCGCAGCGUUCUCUCACUAUGGUCAAAUCCUCGAUUCUAUCGUGAUGCGUGACCGUGACACCGGCCGCUCCCGCGGCUUCGGGUUCGUGACCUUCAGCUCCAGUGCAGAGGCCGACAACGCCAUCGCCAGCUUGAACGAGCAGGACCUCGACGGUCGUCGCAUUCGUGUCAACUUGGCUAACGCCCGCGGCGCUGGUGGUGGAGGUGGAGGCGGAGGCGGAGGUUACGGCCGUGGUGGAGGCGGCUUCGGCGGUCAGGGUGGUGGAUACGGCGGUGGAGGCUACGGCGGCGGAGGCUACAGUGGCGGCCAGGGUGGCGGCUACGGCGGCGGCGGCUACCAGCAGGGUGGCUACGAUCAGAGCGCCGGCGGCUACGGCGGCCAGAGUGGCGGCGGCUAUGGCGGAGGAGGAUACAGCCAGGGCUACUAA